UCGCGCUGCGCUCCGCCUGUGGAGACGAUCGUGCGCGUCCGCGGCUGGUUGAGCUGUCACGAGCCUUACCCGAGCCAAGGAGCGAGGCUAAAGAAUUAGAGCGGACAUAACCGACCAACUGAUCCGCUGCUUAAGAAGGAGCGAGAGGGAUAAGGCGAGCGAGUAGUGCUUCACACCACAACCCCGCCGUCAAGUCCGUCGAUCGCGUCAUCCCGGUCACCCUGUGAUGCAUCCCAGCAUUUAUUUUUGCUAUCCAGCUAGCUAGCUAGCUAGCGGUUCAGCUAGCGCUACGGUGCCCGAGUCGGAGAAAGUUCACGUAAAAUUUUCGGACGUAUUUUUAAUAAUACACCGGACUGCGUGCACCCGAGAGACACCCGGACAGUCGGUAGUUGUGACCUCAGUUAUGUAAUGCUGUGCAUGUCGUGCGUGUCGCGUCUGUCCUAGCAAGUGCCGAUUGAAUGAAAUAACGUUAGCUCGCCUCAGGCAGCGGAAACGAGCCAGUUAACAAGGAUAACGUCAAAUCAAACUGCUGACCGAUCCGCCGUCGAGCUAAUAUAGCACAUGCUAUCCGGACUAGCCACCCGCAGGCACACCGCUGGGUAGAGAACCCCGGACAGUAGCGAGCGAGCGUACCGGGAUCGUGAAUUAGCGAAAUCACACCAAACGUCAAGUUGGCCAUCUUCCACUGCUUGCUCCGUGUGACAGGCUGACCAGCGCGAGGUCGUAUUCUCGGAUAAGGCCGGAGUGAGGACAGGAACUUGUGAACAUGCCGGCCGUGUCGAAAGGAGAUGGAAUGCGCGGAUUAGCGGUUUUCAUUUCGGACAUCAGAAACUGUAAGAGCAAAGAAGCGGAGAUCAAACGGAUCAAUAAAGAGCUGGCCAACAUACGCUCAAAGUUUAAAGGUGACAAGGCUCUGGAUGGCUACAGCAAGAAGAAAUAUGUCUGCAAGCUGCUCUUCAUCUUCCUGCUUGGCCAUGACAUUGACUUUGGACACAUGGAGGCAGUCAACCUGCUGAGCUCCAACAAGUACACAGAGAAACAGAUCGGCUACCUGUUCAUCUCAGUGCUGGUUAACAGCAACAGUGAGCUGAUCCGUCUGAUUAACAACGCCAUCAAGAAUGACCUGUCCAGUCGCAACCCCACCUUUAUGUGCCUGGCGCUUCACUGUAUUGCAAACGUUGGAAGCCGUGAGAUGGCUGAGGCCUUCGCAAGUGAGAUCCCUCGUAUCCUGGUUGCUGGUGACACAAUGGACAGUGUGAAACAGUCCGCUGCCCUGUGUCUUCUGCGGCUUUACAAGACUUCCCCUGACUUGGUGCUGAUGGGUGAAUGGACGUCGCGUGUGGUGCACCUGCUCAACGACCAACACAUGGGUGUGGUGACAGCCGCCAUCUCUCUCAUCACUUGUCUGAGCCAGAAGAAUCCAGAUGAGUUCAAGACGUGCGUUUCCCUGGCCGUUUCCCGACUCAGCAGGAUUGUGUCUUCAGCCUCCACUGACCUGCAGGACUACACUUACUACUUCGUGCCAGCACCAUGGCUCUCCUGCAAGCUGCUGCGACUGCUGCAGUGCUACCCUCCACCAGAAGACGGCGCUGUCAAGGGUCGUCUAGUAGAAUGCCUGGAGACUAUCCUCAACAAGGCCCAGGAGCCACCCAAAUCCAAAAAAGUCCAGCACUCCAAUGCCAAGAAUGCAAUCUUGUUUGAAGCUAUCUCGCUCAUCAUCCACUAUGACAGUGAACCAAAUCUGUUGGUGCGAGCCUGUAACCAACUGGGCCAGUUCCUGCAGCACAGAGAGACCAACCUGCGCUACCUGGCUCUGGAGAGCAUGUGUACUCUGGCCAGCUCUGAGUUUUCCCAUGAAGCUGUCAAGACACACAUCGAAACCGUCAUCAAUGCCCUCAAGACUGAGAGGGAUGUGAGCGUCCGACAGAGGGCAGCUGAUUUGCUGUAUGCCAUGUGUGAUCGCAGUAACGCCAAGCAGAUUGUAGCCGAGAUGCUCAGCUACCUUGAGACAGCAGACUACUCCAUCAGAGAAGAAAUGGUGCUGAAAGUGGCAAUACUUGCAGAGAAGUAUGCUGUGGAUUACUCCUGGUACGUGGACACCAUUCUCAAUCUCAUUCGCAUUGCUGGUGACUACGUGAGUGAAGAGGUGUGGUAUCGCGUCAUUCAGAUCGUCAUCAACCGAGAUGAUGUGCAGGGCUACGCAGCCAAAACGGUCUUUGAGGCCUUGCAGGCCCCUGCUUGCCAUGAGAACAUGGUGAAGGUUGGAGGCUACAUUUUGGGAGAGUUUGGUAACCUAAUUGCUGGGGACCCACGUUCCAGCCCUCUGGUCCAGUUCAACCUUCUCCACUCAAAGUUCCAUCUGUGCUCCGUGCCGACGCGGGCCCUGCUCCUCUCAGCCUACAUCAAGUUUAUCAACCUUUUCCCAGAGACCAAGGCCACGAUUCAAGAAGUGCUGCGCUGCGACAGCCAGAUACGCAACUCGGAUGUGGAGCUGCAGCAGCGUGCUGUAGAGUAUUUGAAGCUUUCUUCCAUUGCCAGCACUGAUGUCCUGGCCACUGUCCUGGAGGAGAUGCCUCCCUUCCCAGAAAGGGAGUCAUCAAUCCUGGCUAAGCUGAAGAAGAAGAAGGGACCUGGUGCCGUGUCUGUGACAGAGCUGGAAGACGGCAAAAGGGAGGGUGGGGAGUUGAAUGGAGGGGGUGACCGGGGUCCAGAAACAACUGCCAUGGCUGCCUCGAAUGCUUCCACCCCGUCACCAUCUGCAGACCUCCUUGGAAUUCGUUCUGCUGCUCCCAUUAAUGCUGCUCCAGCCAGUGCUGGCAGCUUAUUGGUAGAUGUGUUCUCUGAGACAGGGCCUGCUGCACCUUCUGCUGCUGUGAAUGACGACGGCUUCUUAAGAGAUCUGGAACAGCCUACCGAGACCUCCGAUUCCCUAUUGGUGGAGGGUUCUGGUGACUUGGACUCUGCUACUCCCUCUGAGGAUCCUGCUCCUCCUCUGUCUGAGGCAGACGAACUUCUUAACAAGUUUGUCUGCAAGAACAAUGGAGUUCUGUUUGAGAAUCAGCUGCUACAGAUUGGCAUCAAGUCAGAAUAUCGUCAGAAUCUAGGGAGAAUGUACUUAUUCUAUGGCAACAAGACUUCAGUGCAAUUUGCCAGUUUUACCACCACAGUCAGCUGUCCUGGGGAGCUGCAGUCUCAGCUCAACGUUCAGACCAAACCAGUGGAACCGCUAGUGGAAGGGGGAGCCCAGAUCCAGCAGGUUCUCAACAUUGAGUGUCUGACUGACUUCUCUGAUGCCCCCCUGCUCAACAUCAAGUUCAGGUAUGGAGGAGCUUUGCAGAACCUUACACUCAAGCUGCCUGUCACCAUUAACAAGUUCUUCCAGCCAACUGAAAUGUCCUCACAUGACUUCUUCCAGCGCUGGAAACAGCUUAGCCAGCCUCAGCAAGAAGCACAAAAGAUAUUCAAGGCCAACCACAGUAUGGACACAGAAGUACUUAAGGCAAAGCUACUUGGACUAGGAACAGCCCUGCUGGACAACGUUGAUCCCAACCCAGAGAACUAUGUGUGUGCUGGAGUGAUCCAGACCAAAAGUCAGCAGGUUGGCUGUCUGCUUAGAUUGGAGCCGAAUGCCCAAGCACAGAUGUACCGUCUGACUCUGCGCUGCAGUAAGGACUCUGUGUCCUUGCGUCUCUGCGAGCUGCUGGCCCAUCAGUUCUAGUUUCCACACUUCUACUAUGACCAGUGCUCCCAUCUUCCCCACCAGCGACCUCUCUCUUGAGCCCUGCUGCCCACACCUCUCCUCCUCCCUCCAAUAAAGAAUCAUUAAGUACAAAAUGUAUAACUGACAUAAGGGAAAAAGCAGCCGCUGCUAAGCAGCAACAGCAACAUCAUUGUCGUUAUUCUUGUCCCAGAUUCUGAUUCCAGUUCAUCCUUAACUUGUUUAUUAACAUGAUGUGACAUUCUAUUCAUUCUUGUUCUGUUGGUGUUUACCUAUGUUGUGUAUGUGUGCAUGCGCACGUGCACAUGCAAGCAUGCAUGUCUAGCUAUAGUUAGGAGGGCCAAUUUUGGUUGGAUACCAACGUUGUGAGGACAUUUUGACUUUGUGAGGACAUUUUGGCUGAUCCUCACAAACUAAAAGGGCUUUUUGAGGGUAAAGACUUGGUUUUGUGAUCCGGGUUAGAAUUAGGUCUGGGGUUAGGCAUUUAGUUGCGAUGGUUAAGAUAAUGGGCUAGGGAAUGCAUUAUGCCAAUGAGUGUCCUCAUAACUAUAGAGACGUGUGUGUGUGUGUGUGUGUGUGUGUGUGAAUGUGUGCGUGCGUGCGUAUGUAUGUGUGUGUGUGUCUUUGCGUGUGUGUCUGUGCGUGUGUGUGUGUGCGUGUCUGUGCGUGUGUCGUGGUUGUGCUUGGGUCAGCUUCAUCCUCCCUGCUCUUUAAUACUGAUGCUGACAUUCCGUGAAAAAUGGGAGGGACUUUUCAUCGCAGACAUGCACUCACCCCUCUCGUCCCACAAACACACACACAUACACACAAACCAUGUCUCAUGGUUCUGGUGGGACCAACUAAUGAAAUCAGUUCUCUAAUCUCUGCAGCACAGAUCAGCUCACUUCUGUCUAGCAUUCCCAGCGAAGACGCCUUUAAGGUGUUUAGAUCCGUUCCAGCAUGAGCUCGACAUUUCCUGCCCAGAAGCCCUGUAAUGAUAAUUUCAUUGAACUAUUACUCUCACUCAUUGAUGUUGUUGAUUUGUUUAUAAAAUGUGCUAGUGGAUUGCUUUACUUCUUUCUGAGACAUUUCCAUGAUGCUUUUUAAGAAGGCCUGUGGUUCUCUAACCCAAGCCGUCCAGGGACAGCGGUGGCACAGAUUGGACACUGUAGAUGACUGUUACAGGGAGAAAACCUGCAGUGCUAAAACAGACUCGAGAACCGGUUUGAGUCUGUCUCAUCUAUUACCUGGGAAAUGGUUUUGGGUGCUUGACAUUGAAAAGAUUAGGGAAGUGUCUGUGAGUGUUUUCGCAUAUGUGUCUGCAUUGGAAGUGAGGACAUCUAUCAAACAUAUACUUGACAAUCCAACCACAGGGUUCUCAUCACUGUUAAUUUUUGUCUUGUUAAACUGGAACACCCAUUUUGAACACGUGUGAGCGAACCUAAAUCUUGUGGCUUGUUGAAAGACUAACUCAUUGUUUGACAAAUGUAAGCCUGUAUAAGUUCCCUGCCUCUGAUAAGGAGCAGUGCACAGCUGCUUCCCUAAGUUUCUGAAUCAGAAGCUGGGACUGUGGAGAAGAUAGACCCAAACAGGAACACAAUCAUGGUUACAGAGGACACUAUUACUGGCUUGUCCCCAGUGUCCAUAUUGACUUCUGCUGAUUUUCUUUGUGAAGAAGUUUACAGCUUUUGUCAUGAUGAGAACACAUGCACCAUAUUCACUCAAAGGAUAGCACGGCUUUAUAAUCUUUACAGAGGGUGCAGGAGCUGAAUCUAUAGCAUCAUUUAUGACAGAGACAUCACUGGUACACACACAGAUUCAUAUUCCUGCUUCUCCAGCCACACAUAUAGAGAAUAGAUCAAUGCCAACCAGUCAGAUGUGUACACAACCACUGCAGUAAAUGUGUAGACAACAGAGAUGUUCAGCAACCACAGAAUCUUUCAAUUGAUGUGUCCAGGAUGAAGACUCAAAGGAUGAAGACUCAAAGAUGCCCGUGACAACUACCAGUGUCAUGGUGUGUGUGCUUGCAUGCGUGAGCUAGUUGUUAGAAGAUUUUAAAAAAAAGCAUAAAGCUGUUUCUAAUACAUGGUCGCAUUCCAUUCUGUGGCUGCUUGGAAAUCACAGGACAUUGAACUUGUAGUGGAAAAUAGUCAUUUUGUGAGCGUGUGUAUGUGAGUUAGAUGUGUGUGUGUGUGUGUAUCUGUGUCUAUGCAGUAUCCACUCGCUAAUACAGCUUCAUGUAUCGGUGUUAAGAACCUCUCUAAUACCUGUGUUAGAAUUAAAAAAUUUACUGUGUAAUGAAAAAAGUGAAAGUAAAACUAUGCUAUAUAUCCAACAAA